AACACGUGACGAUAAAACGGGAAGGAGAGCAUCGCGGGGGAGCGCGAGCUGACAGCCUCAUGGCUCCUCUGUCAAAUAGCGACGACGUUACGACACACUCUUCAGACACUGAUGAGGAACCCCGUAAAGAUCUUCAUUCGCAACCUUAAGGAUGAAACAAAAUGAUUUCAAGUGGACAGGGCGAGAGUACACAUUGGGAUUUUUUUUACAGGUUGGCGCUCCGAAAAGUUGACAGUUUUUCACGAUGACUUGUCGAUCAUGUCCGGAGAUUUCACAAGGUUUGCUGAUUGCUGGAACAACAAGUCGCUUGGAGCGGGCAUUUCUCUGAACCGAGCGAAAACCUCUGGCAGCAGGAACAACUUCCGUGAGACUCGCCGAACCGCGCUGCGUGGUUCCCUUCUGCGUGGGUAAAACGAGACGUCAGUCAAGUACACGAGGACGCGAACUGCCGCUCCAAAUUUCAAACGUCACGAAUUCGUCUCAGUGCACAUUAAUGGGCUAAAGCUAGUUGAGCUUACGAGGUAAGAGCAAGGUGACGCGGGGCUACAUCCCUGCAUAUGGACUAUUUGACGCCCCCAAAUUAGAUGAAAUUAGAGAUCCAUGAACAUCAAAAGUAAGUGCUUUUUCAUUUUGCCUUUUGCAAUCACAGUGUGUAGUUUGUCCCAAUCGCGUUGCCGUAUUGACCAUCUACACACGUCUACUUCCGUAUACGUUCCCGGCACCCGCGCGCGUUCAACUAAAGCAUAUUAAGUCAGAAUAAGCUCUGAACGCACCGAAUUCCCGCCGCCCCUCGGGUGGAGUAAUUAAAUAUCAUUUAUAGAAGUUUAGCUUCCGAGUCAACUCCUUGUGCUGCACAUUGAAUGAGCUAAACCUAGCUUAGGUUGCUAGCUACCGACAUACCGGUCGCGUCACGAAGCGGAGCUCGAGGGUGAGUGUAAAGUGGUGUGUUUGUCGCGUGAAAAUGUGUGCAAAAAGUGUCAAAGAAGAACCGUACGAGGAGGAACUUUCUGGAACAAAAGAAGACAAGCGAAAGUGUCUCCUUCUGGACGCUGUUAGCACGCAGCCUCGAGUUGUGUUCCUCGAAGCAGGUUUGGACACGUUUUCGCAUACUUUGGUUUUCCGUCCAUCCAAUUUCUUUGCCGCUUAUCCUCACGAGGGUCGCGGGGAGUGCUCUAAAUUGCCCAUAGGUGUGAUUGUGAGUGCGGCUUUUUGUCUCGAUGUGCGUUGCGACUGCCUUUCAACCGGUUGAGGGUGUACCCCGCCUCCUGCCCGUUGACAGCUAGGAGAGGCUUCAGCACUCCCCGCGACACUUGUGAGGAUAAGCGGCUAAGAUCUGUACACAUGUUUUUUUUUUUUUUUUUUUUAUGUAUUUAUUUUUUUUCCCCAUGAAAUCACCUCUUGGUCAAUUCUUUGACAAGUGCAGGCCCCUCCGGGUGUGCACUGGCUUCAGGAUUAAGGGAACUAACGAUGGCAAUGAUAGCGUGACACACUCUGACCUAGCAAACAAUCAUGAUUUGGUCAAUGCAAGUCUGUGGGUGGAAGUCCAAGUGAAGUGGGACUACUUGGCCCACGGAUCACCUCCGCCUGUGACCACAACACGGGCACAUGACCACAAACCAUGAACUACCUUUGAUUGGUUUCGACCACGCUGUUUCAUAUGUCUGCUUUCAAAGUGAUGUCAGCGAAACAUUUCUGCAUUCUCAGCAGCUCAAGCCGGAGCCCCUUCACGUUGAAGAGGAAGAGGAAGAGGAGGACGAAGAGCCUCCCCAAAUUAAAGAGGAAGAGGAGGAGGAUGAUAUCACUAAGUUUCCGUUCACCGUUGUUGUGAUGAAGUGUGAAGAUGAGGAAGACCAAGGGCAAAGGUCACAGCUUCCUUCCAGUCAAAGUGAGAAGAACAGAGGGAUGGGACUUCCAAGCAGCAUCAGCAGCCAACACAGGACAACAGAAGAUGAUGCAGGCCAACGUGGAAGAUCACAAGCAGACGGCCUCCUCGCGCCAUUGUCAAAUAGUGAUGAAGUAACAUCACACUCUUCUGACGCAGAUGAUGACGAACACUGUCAAGGUGAUAUGACCUGUCAGACUGACAACCAAAGGGAAUGUUCUCAAUGUGACAAAACGUUUUUUAACAAGUCAUUGAAAAGACACAUGAGAACACACACUGGAGAGAAACCUUUUGCCUGCUCCUAUUGCAAUAAAAGAUUCACUCAAAAGGGGCAUGCACAAAAGCACAACAGAACACAUACUGGAGAGAAACCGUUUUCUUGCUCAGUAUGCGGUCUGAAAGUCAAUCAGAAGUGUAGUUUAAGAAUUCACAUGAGAACGCACACCGGAGAGAAACCCUUUGCCUGUUCAGUUUGCGGAAAAAGAUUCACUCUGAACACAGGUUUAGUGAGGCACGUCAGAACCCACACUGGGGAGAAACCUUUUGCUUGCUCAAUUUGUGGAAAAACAUUCACCGUAAAGAUUGACUUAAUCAGGCACACAAGAUCGCACACUGGAGAAAAACCUUUUGCAUGUUCAAUUUGUGGUCAAAGAUUCACUCGGAAGGCACAUUUAGGAAAACACACUAGAACACAAUCUAGAGAGAGUCCUUGUUCCUGCGCAGUGUGUGGCCUCAGGGUAAGUCAAAAAUGUAGUUUAAUAAUUCACAUGAGGACACACACUGGUGAGAAAACGUUUUCCUGUUCAAUUUGUGGUAAACAUUUCUCUCUUAAGGGGAGUUUAGUCAGGCACGCUCAAACACACACCGGAGAGGAACCUUUUACCAGUUCAAGCUGCAACUUUAGUUCAGGAUUAGAAAAUCUUUGUCCUGAGCGGCACGAGUGGAUCACCAGGGUAGAGCAGCAGGAGUCAGAGCCCCUUGACAUCAAAGAGGCAGAGGAGGAGGAUCGUGCCACCGAGUUGCCAUUGUCAGGUGCCCCUGCGAUGAAUAUAGAUAAUGAACACUACAAAGGUGACGUCGCACUGAAAACAAAGACAAGAAAUGGUCUCGAUGUGGGGAAAAAAAAUAUGGUACCAAGUGAAAUUGAGCACAGCACUUGAUGUUCUGAACAGGAGAGGAACCGUUCCGUUUCUGAGAAGGGACGGAUGAGUGCACGUACAAGAACACGACGGAAAACGUUUGCUUGCUGAGUGCAAGACUCACUCGGAAGACACGAGAACAAACAUUUUGCCUCCUCAGUCUAUCGUAGCAAUCCUGGACAAGUAAUAUUUGGAACACAAACAUUUUACAACUUGAGUCUGGGCCGCAUUGUCCCGAGCAUCAAGAGAGGCUCCGGGGCGGAGAAGCAGCACAGCAGCAUCUCACCCCUGCCCCUGAAGUUGCCAUGUGACCGAGCUUUUGUCUUAUUUAGCCAAGUAUGUCAAAAACAGACAAGGAAUUUGUCUCCGGCACUUCGAGCCGAUGUGAUACGACAGAAAGUCAACAGACAAAGAUGUCAGCUGGAUGCUAACGGAGUUGACCUCCCCGAGCGAGAAUUGCAAAGACACGAACCGCAAGAUGCGGAUAAACAACUUUCAUCUAAUUGGAGGGCGGACAUCCGACCACGUGAAUGAAUCAAACCGUGUGCGGCAAGAAUCCACCGGAGGGCCAAGAAGCCACGGCUGGAUGCAGAACCACUUUGCUUGUUUGCUACGUGGGCGGGCGAACUUCCUCCAUUUCUGCAACAAAUUCCCGAAGAUGCCUCGCGAGUCUCCGUCGGUAAGAAAGAGUUCAAAACGGCGGAUGGGAAGUACCGUAGUAGGCUAGCUCCAGGACUGUCCCUCGUCUGUCUGGUAGUCAAAUUUGGCCUUGUCAACUUUGAGGUUUUGAGGUUGACGCUGCUGUUGGGGGGGGGGGGCAACUUUGGACAGGUUUGAAAAUCGCAUGCAUUGAGUGGACUUGGUCAAUCCAAAAUAGGAACGCGGCUUCAGCGCGGGAAAACUGAGAGCCGGGAGUGAGCGUUGGCACAAAACCAGCUGCAGCAACAGAAGUCUUUUGACAAGGAUAUGGAUGCCCUGUUGUUAUUUUUCAUCUUUUUAUUUUCAGUCUUGUAAUGCAACCUGGACAAUGUGAUUUGUUUUUGUUACCACUGUUGAAGGGUUGCGGCUAACGAGUAUUUUUAGAAUGGAAUAUUCUAUUGAUGAUCAUGUAGAUGAAUCAACUUAUCUUAUGAACACUUUCUGUAAUGAUUAAUGAUGAUUAAACACAACUAAAUAUGACACGAGAGGGACUCCUCGGGUACUGCUCCAAUAUUUGAGCGCUUCUCAAAUUCUCAUCUCUUCACAUGGUUUCUCUUCUUUAAGAAUGAAGAUCAGCAAACAAACGUAAAUAUCAGACAAGGAUAACACAAGUAAAGAUAAAAUGCAUUUAUUUUUAAAUGGCAAUUUUAU